AUGCCUUCCCCCAAGAAGCAUAAAGAUGUUCAAAGCUUGACCGGAAAAGUUUUCGCCCUAAGCCGAUUCAUUUCCAGAUCAACAGACAAGUGCAUUCCCUUCUUCAACAUUUUAAAGAAGUGUCAAAAAUUUGAGUGGACCAAAGAAUGCGAGGAGACAUUCAAAAAACAAAAAGAACAUAUGGUCAAACCUCCAAUUUUAUCAAAGCUGGUUUACAGAGAGGACUUGUUACUGUACCUGGCAGUCUCCGAGAAUGCUGUCAGCGUAGCCUUAGUCCGGGAAGAAGAAAAAGUCCAACAUCUUGUGUACUAUGCUCACCCCAUCAAGGUAUUAACAAACCAUCCGCUUCGGCAAGUUCUACAGAAGCCGGAAGCGUCCGGAAGACUUCUCAUGUGGGCCAUUGAGUUAAGCCAGUUGGACAUACACUACAUACCACGCACUUCUAUAAAAGGACAAGCCCUAGCCGACUUCAUAACCGAAUGCAACGAAGCAGAAGCUAGCGCAAACGCGGCUCUGCGUUUUGAAUUCCCGGCUUCCAACAAUAAAGCUGAAUAUGAAGCCCUGAUUGCUGGGCUAAAAUUAGCAAGAAGCGUGGGAGCCACAAGAGUAGAAGUCUUUAGCGAUUCGCAACUUGUGGUAAACCAAGUCUCGGGAGAGUAUCAAACGCGUGGAGAAAAAAUAGUUGUGUAUGUAGCAAUUGUUCGGGAGCUACUCCAUGAGUUCACAGAUUAUAAAGUGGAAAGAAUCCCGAGAGAAAAGAAUGCCCAUGCAGACUGUUUGGCUAAGUUAGCAUCAGACAGCGAGGUUUUGAAACUGGGGGUGGUGCCCAUUGAACGCCUCGUGGAACCAAGCAUCAAAGUUAAAGAUGUUGUGGUUGUAGUUGAGCCAGAGACAAACUGGAUAAACCCCAUCAUCAAAUCCAUAACCAAAGGCGAGUUGCCUCAAGAAAGGGCGUUGUCCAAAAAGAUACAGUACCAAGCACACCGAUAUGUGAUGAUGGACAAUAUUCUCUACCGAAGAGGACUCAGCAUGCCAUACUUAAGGUGUGUAUCAGACCCUAAAACUAAGCAAAUUAUGCUAGAGGUCCAUGAAGAGUUAUGCGGAGAUCAUACUGGAGGUCCGAGUCUCUCAAAGAAAAUAUUGAGACAAGGAUACUUCUGGCAAACAAUGAAAAAAGAUUGUAUAGACUAUAUCCUGAAAUGUGAUUCGUCCUAA